AUGGGUGCCAGUAGGGACCUACAUAUCGCCAUCAUCGGCGCCGGCAUGGGCGGCCUGGCAACAGCGCUUGCGUUGGCCAAGGAGGGAUUUACGCACAUCGAUGUCUACGAAACGGCCUCGGAUCUCGGAUUUGUAGGGGCAGGUAUCCAAUUAGCCCCCAACAUGGCCAGGAUACUGGACAGGCUCGGUGUUUGGGAUCCCAUAGCAAAGGAUGCCACCCCUUUGAAGGGCGCGAGCAUUCGAAAGGGGCCUACAAACGAAGAGCUUGCGUUCUCCGACAUGCUGUGGAUCGGGGAGUCGUACAAUUACAAACACUCGGUCGGCCACCGAGCAUCUCUGGCCGGUGAAUUAUACGAAGGGUGCAAGAAAGAGUCGGCAAUCAAUUUCCACUUCGCCUCACCAAUCACCGAGUUCAAGUCCUUCUCCCCAAAACCCACAUUUACCGUAUCGCCAAGGGGAGACGGCGGCGAGCCCUACACGGCCAGCUGCGACGUCCUCUUCGGCGCAGACGGCGUCAAGUCACGGACCCGAGUGGCGAUCCUCCAGGAGCUGGGCGUGGACGCCAAGGUCGUCGACUCGGGCCAGGCCGCGUACAGGAUCAUGCUGCACAGGAAGGACAUGGAGAAGGACCCGGAGCUGCUGGCGCUCAUCGACGCGGACCAGACCACGCGGUGGAUCGGCGAGAGGAAGCACAUCAUCGCCUACCCCGUGUCGUCCAAGACCAUCUACAACAUCUCCACCGCGCACCCGGACAGCAACUUCGCCGCCGCGCCGGACGAGACGUACACGACGCUGGGCAGCAAGGCGUCGAUGCUUUCCGUCUACGCCGACUUUGCCCCCGUGGUCCAGAAGAUGCUCAAUAUGGUCCCCGAGGGCGAGGUCUGCGAGUGGAAGCUCCGCGUCCACCAGCCGCUGCCGACGUGGGUGCACGGCACCACGGCGCUGGUCGGGGACGCCUGCCACCCGACGCUGCCCCACCUGAACCAGGGCGCCGCGCAGGCGAUAGAAGACGCGGCCGUGAUCGCCGCCGCGCUCUCGAGAGCCCCGGACUCUGGCCCGGAGGGCAUAAACAAGGCCCUCAGGGUGUACGAGAAGCUUAGGAAGGAGAGGGCUGAGGCCUUGGUCGCCAUGGCUGCUGCCAACGGCAAGGAGAUGCAGCUGGGGGACGGUGCUGCCGCUGCUGAGAGGGAUGCUGCCUUCAAGGCUUUCAGGGAGAGCGGCCAGGGCAAAGUCCCCGACAAGUCGGCGGAUAAGGGGGUCUUGAGUUUUAUAUACGAGUGGGAUGCAUCCAAGGAGACGGCUAAUCAGUUCGAUAGCAUUUACUCGGCUCUGUAG